AUGCGUGCAGAGGACGUCAAGAAGCUUGUGAGUGACCAACUACGAGACUUGAAAGCCGGCGGGAACUUCGAAGAUGCCCUACGUAAGGAGAUGGACCAAGCUAACUCCACGCCUUUCACUGUCGAAAUUGAGCAGGCGGCUCCCCCGAAGCGAUUCUCGACGCCUUCGUUUACGCCCUUCAAAGGAGACUCCGAUCCCGAGAGCCACCUAAAACACUUCAAAAGUGUCAUGAUCCUCCACAAAGCCGACGACGCGUUAAUGUGCAAGGUGUUUGUGAUGACCCUGCGGGGAGCAGCUCAGGACUGGUUCCACACCCUACCAUCUGGGUCGAUCAGCAGCUUCAAGGAGUUGGCAUAUGUCUUCGCGAAAGAAUACACGUCUUACCGAACAAUCAAGAAGAACCCCGACCACCUGUUCAACCUACCUGAACACGACUUAUACCGCGAGCUGACUAUCGCUCCCAGUCAGACUCUGGCAGAGGUCUUCACAACCGCGGAACGCUAUGCGCUCUGGGAUGAUGAUCGAAUCGCCGCAAAGAAGUCUACUAAGCAGGAAGAUCAACCAACCAAGAGGGCAGGCCAAAAGAACGAUGGGUUCAGCAACAGAAACAAGGACAAGCGCAGGUCACACCCAAAAGAGGACGCGACGGCAGGAGAGAAUUACACCAAAUUCUCCAUCCCCAUACACCAAAUCUUAGCCCAAGUGAAGGACAAACCUUGGGUAAGGAAGCCGUCGCCCUUGAAAGGAGAUCCAGACAAGAGGGAUACCAGAAAAUAUUGUGCCUUCAACAGGACGUACGGGCACACAACAAACAACUGCUUUGCUUGGAAAACGCACCUUGAGGAACUCGUGAGAGAAGGUCACUGCACGGAGUUCAUUGCGAAGCAAGCCAUCCAGCAGAUAGAGGAUCGCGACACCACCAAGGAGCCACCUCAGAAGGUUAUAAGGAUUAACACAAUCCUCGCCGCCUCCGAGGAGUCUUGGCUGACCAGAAAAGAAAAGAAUAGGAAGAUCAAACAGGCCACGGUUUCGAGUUGUAUAACGGAUCGAGCCAUCUCAUUUCCUGAAUUAUAUAUGUGGAGCAGGUAA